AUGUCAACUUCAAUCACUCCAAACCGUCAACAACCAUCAAAACAAUCAAAUCAAUAUGCCAAUUUAUCACAACAACAAGCCAAGAUAAUGGAUUUUAUCAAACGUUUUGGAGAUGCAAAUAAAGAUGGAUCAGGCGUUCAUGUAGAACAAAUCCGUUCGUCAAUUAAACCUGGACAAGAUUUUAUGAGUGAUAUACAAUUUUUGUUGGAUGAAGGAAAAAUUUAUACAACUUUGGAUGAUGACCAUUUUUCGAUUAUUGAUGAAUGUUGA